UGCCGGCCCGCCCCGCCCCGCUCUUCUCUAGGCCCUUGGAAAAUAGGGUCGCCCGCGGAGGCGCACUAUUGCUGUGGCUGGGACCCUGGUAGCUCUCCCGGAAGGAGGGCCGGGAAGGCGGUGGCCCCAGCCGGACGCGACAGGGCAGUGGAAGGGGGCGGGACUCUUUGACGCGGCGGAGGGGUCGGGUACCGGCCGGCGUGCCGCCAUCUUUGGUCCAGUGCGGCGGCUGCGGCGGCGGCAGCUACUGCUGUGGAAGGAGGAGGAGCCGAGUGGGCGCUGACACCGAGCCCUGACCAUGGACGAGGAAUACGACGUGAUCGUGCUGGGGACCGGCCUCACUGAAUGCAUCCUGUCAGGCAUCAUGUCUGUGAAUGGGAAGAAGGUGCUGCACAUGGACCGGAACCCCUACUAUGGGGGCGAGAGCUCUUCCAUUACACCUCUGGAGGAGCUAUAUAAGCGUUUCCAGUUGCUGGAGGGUCCCCCUGAGUCGAUGGGCCGGGGCCGAGACUGGAACGUUGACCUGAUUCCUAAAUUCCUCAUGGCCAAUGGGCAGUUGGUAAAGAUGCUACUGUAUACAGAGGUGACUCGCUACCUGGACUUCAAGGUGGUAGAGGGCAGCUUUGUCUACAAGGGGGGCAAGAUCUAUAAAGUGCCCUCUACUGAGACUGAGGCCUUGGCUUCCAAUCUGAUGGGCAUGUUUGAGAAACGGCGCUUCCGGAAGUUCUUGGUGUUUGUGGCAAACUUUGAUGAGAAUGACCCCAAGACCUUUGAGGGUGUUGACCCCCAGACUACCAGCAUGCGUGAUGUCUACCGGAAGUUUGACCUGGGCCAGGAUGUCAUCGAUUUCACUGGUCAUGCCCUGGCGCUCUACCGCACUGAUGACUACCUGGACCAGCCCUGUCUUGAGACUAUUAACCGCAUCAAGUUGUACAGCGAGUCCCUGGCUCGGUAUGGCAAGAGCCCAUAUUUAUACCCUCUCUAUGGCUUGGGUGAGCUGCCUCAGGGGUUUGCAAGGUUGAGUGCCAUCUACGGAGGGACAUAUAUGCUGAAUAAGCCUGUGGACGAUAUUAUCAUGGAGAAUGGCAAGGUGGUGGGUGUGAAGUCUGAGGGAGAGGUGGCCCGCUGCAAGCAGCUGAUCUGUGACCCCAGUUACGUCCCAGACCGCGUGCGGAAGGCUGGCCAGGUUAUCCGCAUCAUCUGUAUCCUUAGCCACCCCAUCAAGAACACCAAUGAUGCCAACUCCUGCCAAAUCAUCAUCCCCCAGAACCAGGUCAACAGGAAGUCAGACAUCUACGUGUGCAUGAUUUCCUACGCACACAAUGUGGCGGCGCAAGGCAAGUACAUCGCCAUUGCCAGUACUACAGUGGAGACCAUGGAGCCUGAAAAGGAGGUGGAGCCAGCACUGGAGCUGCUGGAGCCUAUUGACCAGAAGUUUGUGGCUAUUAGUGACUUAUAUGAGCCCAUUGAUGAUGGUUCCGAGAGCCAGGUGUUCUGUUCGUGCUCCUAUGAUGCCACCACACACUUCGAGACAACCUGCAAUGACAUUAAAGACAUCUACAAACGCAUGGCUGGUUCGGCCUUUGACUUUGAGAACAUGAAGCGCAAACAGAACGAUGUCUUCGGAGAAGCUGACCAGUGAUUGCUGCCCCUGCCCCAGCCCCUACUGCCCUCCUCCCACCUGUGUCUGUUCUGCUUGAGGGCUGGGGAGACGGUGUGGCUGGACACCCCUGUUUCCAGCAUCCUCUUCCCCCAUCACAUUCUCAUCACCCACCUUAUUGAUUCACUGACCAAAUCCUUAACCUUAGCAGUGGUUUGGGAGUUGGGGGGUUGGUUAGCAUCUUCGUUCUUGGCCCUCCCUUAUCCUAGGAAAAGAGGGUUCCUCUCCUUGUGUGUGUCUCUCACCCCCCCCCCCAAUUCUUCUGCUCUGGGAAGAAUGUGGAGGAAUAGCUGACUGCCUCCACAGCUCUUACUCCCACUGUAGUGGCCUUUGGAGAUGCCCCCUGCCUCCCCCCCACCAACUCUCUCACGUGGUGUGUGUCAGAGAGAAGGGGCCCUCCUAGCACAAAGUUGCAUUCCUCCCCCUAAUUUAUUCUAAUUUAUUAACUUAGCCCUGCCCUGUCUUUGAGUGUGUACAGCCCUUCCCCUCAGCCCUAGCCAGCCUGGGGGGGGGGGAGAAGGCUGGGGUGUGUAGCCCCUUGGAGGCUGCUUUUGCUGUUUUUGCUUCUCUUUUGUGUUUGUGUUCUGUGGUCCUGGUUGAGAGAGAAAGUGUGAGCAUAGCAGAAGGAGAUGGGAAAUGGAUCCCUACCCGCUGUGCCCUGCCCCUGCCUUUCCUGCUCCCGAAGUGGAUGUGCCCCUUCUUCCACCUCUAGUGUACUUCACAGGAAACAAAACCUCCCAAUAAAACCGUUGAAACUAA